AUGGAGAAUGGGCAUGAGGAGAUACUUGCUGAGAGAUUUUCUCAAGUGGGUAUUGAAGAUUCAUCUCUCUUGCAAGAGAGAGACUUUAAAAAUGAUAACUUGUUGCAGAUCAUCAAAGCUGUUGAAGCUGCUGAAACCACCAUCAAGCAGCAGAAACCAGAUGAAUCCUUGCUACAAACAUCUAAUCUUGGAGAUCACUCAAAUACCACUACUGUCUCUCGCUUGGUUCACCAGCCAGUGGAACAUGAGAAGACUGUGAUCAAAGCUUCAGAUGUUGAUUCAUUAGGCAUUGUGGUUGUUCACUCCCAUUUGAAUUCUAAUGGCGAAAAAUCUACUGUGAGUGAUCGUUUUGAAAGCUCAUCUGAGCAAAAUAUGGUUAAUGGCUCCUUGUCAAAGGAGCUAUAA